AUGGCUUCCUCCACCACCCGGCGGGGCGCUUUCAUCGUUAUUGAGGGUCUUGAUCGGUCCGGAAAGAGUACUCAGGCCGCCGCGCUUUUCAAGCGACUGGAGGAGCAUGGCGUUACCACCGUCUUGCAGAAGUUCCCCGAUCGGACAACUACCAUAGGGAAGAUGAUUGACGGAUAUCUGCGCUCUGCCACUGAGAUGGACGACCGUGCGAUCCAUCUCCUCUUCUCUGCGAAUCGCUGGGAGAUCGCGGCAUCUAUCGAGCGUCAACUAUCCGCUGGAACUCUAGUACUGUGUGACCGCUAUGCUUUCUCCGGCAUCGCGUUCUCCGCUGCGAAAGGCUUGCCCUAUGAAUGGUGCGCAUCCCCAGACGCCGCUCUACCAGCACCAGACGCAACAUUGUUUUUCGAUGUGACCCCGGACGUCGCGCGAACGCGGGGAGGCUAUGGGGAGGAGAGGUACGAGAAGGAGGAAAUGCAAUCACGUGUGAGAGAUGUAUUUGGUACUAUUGCGUUGAGGAUGGGAGAGCGCUGGACCAGAAUAGAUGCAGGGAGAUCGGUCGAAGAGGUAGGGGAUAGUGUGUGGGCUAUAGUCGAGAAGUAUACAGAUGGAGUGGAGGGUCCUGUAAUGCGUCUGUGGCCGGACACAUCUUCUUGA